AUGUCGACGGCGGCUGAGCAGCAGGUGCAGCAGCAGGCAGCAGCGCAGGCAAAGGUGCCGACGACGCACUACCGCAUCACCCUGCGGCGGUCGGCCAUUGGGCUGCCCGAGAAGACGACAAAGAUUCUCAAGGCGCUUGGACUGAGGAAGCGGCUGCAGAGCGUCUACCGUCCGCAGCGAGGCGACAUGGCGGGCGCCAUCCUCGCUGUCAAGGAGCUUGUCCACGUCGAGAAUGUUCGGCGGCUCGAUGGCGGCCUCGAAGAGGCUGCCAAGGCACAAGCAGAGGCCCAUCUCCUGAGGGACGAGGACGCCGUCUGGGUCAAUGGGCUUGGUGAGGUUGUCGACUGGGGUGGAAAGCGGGCGAGAAAGGCGCCGCGGGGGUACAAGGUCGUAGCAAACGUCGCCAACGAGGUCCGACAUGCCGAGAUUGUCGGUGCCGCCAACGACAGUUUGAAUGGUUCAGUAAAUCAGCAAUGA